GCUCUGACUCUGCUGCGGGAAAGAGGAAGUCUCUUGAUGACGUUGCCAUUUCCUCAUGCCGCGAAGGAUAAAUAGUGGCGCGGCGGUGAUGGAGAGCAUCGGCAGCGGAGCGCACGCACGUGAUGGACGUCAAGGUGAGCGCCGCCGCCACGGCCCUCGCGCUCGUCACGACUUGGUUGAGCUUGGCCUGCUCAUGCUCGGGUGUCUGUGGCCGAUGCGCGAGCCUUGCGCGGUGCUGCGUUCACGGACGGCACCUCGGAAGGUGUCGCGAUCUGAGCACGCGGUUUUCAGUUUGACAAUCGACGGACUCGCUCAGUCGCGAAAAGACAAAGGGUCCGUUGUCGCUCGCUGGCGAGUGUCGGGUGGAACAGCGGCGUCCGCGGCGCUGGCUCUGCGCUCCGGACACUUGCUCUUCAUCACCAUCCUCUCCUCCUCCUCCCCACAGGUUCUCCUCCUCCUCCUGGCCGCCGCGUGGCGCUGUGACGCGCGCUGCCUCCACAACCAGACGAGGCUGAAGAGGCUGGCGGAGCGGUGGCAGCGGCGCUUCUCGGAGCCGCUGGCGGACAGCGCUCCCACCUCCUGCCCGGCGCACCUCCUCCGCUCCGGCGGCAUCCACGAGCGCUCCCUGUCGCCCUGGAGAUAUGUGAAGAAGACCCUGAAGGACCACCUGCCCGAGACCUACUCGGAGGCCGAGUGUCUCUGCGCCGGCUGCAUCCUGUUCGACAGCGAGACCGGAACCAUCAACGAGACGGAGCAGUACAACUCGGCGCCGGUGGUCCAGGCCCGCACCUUCCUGAAGAAGGUCCCGUGUCAGGGCCAGAGCGGCUACCGGCUGGAGCGGGUGCAGGUGCAGGUGCAGGUGGGCUGCACCUGCGUGGCGCCCCUCCACUGAAGACCAGCGGCCGCGUGGUCGCUCCGCCCGCCGCCUUCGUUGUAGAACGCGUCGGGCGCCAGUGCGACGCAGCGGGCGGCGCCCGGCUGCAGCACGAACCCGUGAGACUUCACAAGUCUGAGACAGCUCCGGCCCGUUUUAGAGGCCGACCGUGUCUGCAGUGGACAGCUCUGCUUUGGUCCCGCAGCAAAUAAAGUUGUGUGUUGCCUCCUCAACCCCUUGUUCUGGCCUCCUGAGUUCCGCUGCCCUCGGGGUCAGGGGUCACGGGUCAUGACCCAGAUCACUCACACACACACCCGGCUGCUCACGUGACAACACACACUUUAUUCGAUGAAAACAUGUGGAGGAGCUUCUCAUGUGGCAAACUUCUUCUGUCGCACGGGAGCCGGCAGUUGAGCAGAGAUGUCCAGCAGGGGGCGCUCCACCACCACCAGAGACUGGUCCUCCAGCAGCCGGACACACAUGAGGUGCUGCGGGGACCAGAGCAGCGUCAGCAUCUCUCACACACACACACAUGCUUGUCUCUCUGUCCUUGU